GCCGUCGGAGCAGUGUUGUCGCAGAAAGAUUCACAGGGCAAGUCGAAUGCAAAUGCGGAUUAUUGUCGAGAUUGACUACUGAGUAGGGAACAGACGACGUCGUAGACACGCACGCCACGGAAAUCGACCAGCCAGAACCGAAGGAAUCCGUUUCUACACAUAUCCGGAGUGUGAAAGUAAUGGCAUCGCAGCUGAUAGACCACCCACUGAGCGACGUGAAAACGAAAUCGGCCUACGAGGAGGCACAGCAACAACAAAGUGACGUGGAAGGAGCGUGCGGAGCUGCCAACCCCUUAGCCGCUCUAUGUACCGCCUCAAUUACCACCAAUGGCCUGGAUUCCAACACAGAAGGCGAGCGGCGCACCCUUUCUCCCAAGGCCCCGACUCAUCUAUCCGGGUCACCAAACACCAACGCAGCUACACCACCUGGCGGCGUUCAUGGAGAAUGUGCGACGGCACAGGGACAACAAACCCGGGAUGGACUGUCGUGCACCUCUCGACCAUGGGACCACCAUAGCUGUGGUCCCCUAGAACUCGCGCCGCUCCCAGGGGUAUCCCUGGACAGACAGCAGCGGUCGGUCGACCCAGUACCACACGACGAAGAAGACGACGACGACAGCAAGGACGACGACGAGGAAGACAAAUUCUACGCCUGGGACCAGUGACGAUGACAACGGACUACCCACGACGACGACGGACAACGGACUACCCACGACGACGACGGACAACGGACUACCCACGAUGACGACGGACAACGGACUACCCACGACGACGACGGACAAUGGACUACCCACGACGCGACGACGGCCACAGACGGACUACCCACGAUGACGACGGACAACGGACUACCCACGACGACGACGGACAAUGGACUACCCACGACAACGACGACGAAUACGCAGAAAUUUUUAGUAUUUAGAUAAUUGAAAAUCAAAUAAAAAUUUUUUAUAAAAAAAAUAGAUAUAUUAGUUACGUUAGCUAGAUAAAUGUGUGGGUGAUGGGAGCACGAAAUAAAAUAAAAUAAAAAUAAACUAACAUAAAAUGAAAUAAAAAAUAAAUAGAAAAUCCGUUUUAAAGUCAACGCAUCACAAUUUUUAUAGAAGUUGUCCGCCGCAUUACUACGGCUGCCUGCUUUUUCUGAUAGGUGGGGGAGUAAUGCAAUACAGAAAUUGCAUCUUGCAAAAGUCUUUGUCUUAAACGGGGCACGUGGGUACCUACGAAACGCCUAGGACGGGUAGCCAAUGACAGAGACAGAGAUGCGUAAUUGGUCAGGGCGUUGGUCAUGUCAUUGACCAACGACACGAGACGAGGCAGCCAAUGAGCGCGAGGGGUGUGCGUCCCGCGUGACCAGGUCUAAGACAAUGGAGGCGACGCGCAUACUUAAACGUCUGCAUCUUUGUUUUGCGCUCUUUACUAUUUGCAAACCCGGCUCCAUACGUAUACAUUUACUGUUGCUGUCACCGCUGUUCAAACCACCGUUAUAUACGUAAGUUGUGUUUUAUGCCGCGUACUCUUCUGUUCACGUUUCUGCCUUGUUCAUGGGCGUAUACGUUAGUUAGUUUAUGUUUAUUAAAGAUGUCGUUACACUCU